AGAAGAUGCUUUUUCAUAUUAAUAAAGUACUUGCUUUCAUUGGCAGAGACCUAAGCAAUAUUUGCUUUCCUUUACGUGAAUCAUCAACCUACGCCUCGUACCAAGCACAUUUUUGAAAUGGAUUACACUUCUGACCGACUGCGAGAUCAAUUGCUACAGAGGAGGGCAGCUGACACUCGACAAGAGUACUCCGAUGGUAACUCGCGUUCCGAUGGUGAGUACUCGGAGGACGGCGAGGGGACGGAAGGUUAUGGAAAUCUUUAUUAAAGGGGAUUCUUUGAAAUUUUGACGGGCUAGAUGUGGACAUUGUGCUGGUUGAGAGGGCAUCUUGUCGCCUUGUUUUUCAUAGCAAGGUCAAGGUGCUCCGGAACGAAUGUCCCUGGACACAUCUUUCUAUGCUGAUAAGUGUAUCCCCAAUAACAAACUAAAGCUGAACUAGAUUCAGGAAACUUUUUCUUGUUUCCCCGUUUUACUCUUUUCUAAUUCCUUAGCACCCACAGGGAAGUAUAUCAUGAGGGUAGGAACCGUGGAGACGGGCGCUCGUACCCACGUAGGAGUCGGCGACGGGAGAACUACAACAAUGCCUACAGAGCUUCCGAUAACCCCUACAGAAGCGGAGAUCCGUAUAGAGAAGACGAACGCUAUAGGGAUGGCGAACGCGGCUACAGGGAAGAAGAACGCUAUGAUGAGCGCGGCUACAGGGAAGACGAUAGAUACAGGGAAGAGGAGCGCUAUCGCGCUGUUGAUUACGGUUAACAUGGUCUUGGCUGUUCCUUCUGGCAAACUGUGUCAUUUAGGUUCGUAGGUCCUGGGAAAUCUUAGGCAGCUCGCCGAAUAGAUUCAAAUCGUCAGGUUCGUAGGUCCUCUAAUUAUUUGUCAAAAGGAGGGACAGAAGGACUUCGCUUCUAAUCCCCUCACGCAGUCGACCACCACUAUCCACAACAUGGCUAUGAAGAAUAUCGUGGUAGGACGACCGCCAGCCGGUCGCCAGAGCCAGCACCCGAUGAUGAAGACCAUAAAGUCCGACACGAAUAUGCUGUGGUGGGACCUGAGGAAUUUCUUUUAUGAGAUCAUCCUCAUCAUCGCCAUCUUGUUGGGAAUUGCGUAUAGUCAACAUUUUCUCUUUCAUUUGCUAACCUGAAGCCAGAAUGUUUGAUCAUUCUCUAACCCUCGACGAAGAUUUCGAACGUCGUGACAGUUUUGACGGUCAGCGUAGCAUUGAAGGCCGCCCCCACGUGGGAAUUGAGGUGAAUGGAACAGAGUCAGGGGAGCUCGCACAGAACUACCGGCCACCAUCGUUCAUGUUAUGGCUGAGGGAGAUUGAAGACGUUAUUACUAAUCGUUUGGUCAUGUACCAGUAUAAUACUGCUUACAGAUGACAAGGACUCCAGUAUUGAGAGAACUGUUUGAUAGCAGAAGUUCUUGUCUAUGAAUCAUACGACACUUCUGUGUAAAAUCCCCAUUCAUCUGCCAGCGCAGCCGAUGCCUUGCAACCCACAGCAUCAUCCGAUAGUCAAGAACGCACUUUUCUAUCGCCAAGGACAGCAUACGCGCAACUCCAGAAAAUUCCUAGCACGACUAUUAAGGUCUUGCAGUCGGUGUUGUAAAGUUGAAACUAGCACUAGCUACCUCGUUCGGUCUAAUUAAUAGUCGUAAAAAUGAAGCUCCCGAUUCUCAUGAAGAAGAAUCAUCUUUGCCUCUGUAAGAAGCAUCUUCGCUGUCGCUGCUGAUUGAUGCAGUAAUGGAAUCACAGUAGGGCUGAGCGAGUCGAUGGAACUUCUAAAUCUCGCUCAACCGGCGCUGGGCCUUACAACGGAGCAGCGACGGCUCAAGAUACCGCAGCAUCGAGGAGUACCAUGGAAGGGACUAGCUCCAGUUCAACAUCAAAACCGGUGACCUUGAGUGCCAGUAGCAGUAUCGGAACUAAUAUGGCUCCACUUGGUGCUGGAACCCUGGCGAACAACGCAGGUGGCGCCAUACCAUCUGGUGCGGCGGGUAGUCAGAAUUUAAGGAGGCCACAAUACUCGUUUCAUUCUUUUUCUAGUUACAGGGCUCUACUGGAAUUUACGAAGAUCACAUGACUUUGAUCUUUACUAGGUAGAAGGUGUAGUAUACUACUUAUAAACGUCCGCCUCUAAGAAAAACCCAAGGAAGACAAGCCUCCUCAAAUGGUAGCUUGCUGACCAUGGUGCAACAGCUGUCUUCUUCCUCGCCACGUCCAGGCAGUGGCCGCUUACUAGUCCCUUUCGCAACACAGCCUGGAUCAGGAGGCCAAUCGCCGAAAAGCACGCCACCAAUGCCGUUCGUACUGCGGAAUAUUAUGGUAGGAGUGCUCGAAUUACUUGAAUGUGGUAGGUUACCACACUUAAGUCACAGUAGGUUGAAAAUGCUGGAAUUAUCACACUCCAAGUCGACAGUGAAGCUAGAAAAAAAGCCAGAAGUUGUAAAACCAUACUUGAUUAAUAAUCUACGCCUCUAAAAAAUCUACCUCUCAAGAACACUCUCUAAAUCUACCUCGUCCGGAUCAGGGGGUCGUUUGUUUUCUUCGGCGCAGAGUGUCACGGAAGAGGUUCGUAGCCUCACAGGAGAAGAGAAAGGUCUAGUCCCAGACGCCGUGGCUCAGGGUAGGGACAAUGCUUCCACUCGUCAGACUAUGAAACAAAAACAAUCACAACAAGAAUGGGUUGUUUCUCAAUAGCAGCUGGUUUGAGAACAGAAGAAAUAGAUUCGUACUGUGGUAGAAGGCCAAUAAAAUGAGAUCUCUAGUUUUUUCCAUAUGAGAUGUCUUGUUGGCCAAAUCAGGUUUCUAACGUAGCUCUUCAAGUGCUGCACUAUUAUCAUUUUUCUUCGGAAUUCUUUGACGUGAUCAACACUAAGAAAAUAAUGGUUGUUCCUUUUUCUCCUCUCUCGCUUCAUACCCUCCGAGCAAAUGGCACAAAAGAGUAGUUCCACGACUUCCGGAAUAAUAGGUGGGGCACCGGAUCAUGGUUCUCAGGCUGUUCUAGAGCGAGCAGUGACGACAACAGCAGCUUUUGCUCGAACUCCUGGCGCCGCCACAGAACCAAGGUCAGCCGCCGGGGGUUCGGCAAUACACCCACCGAACGAAGGCGGUGUACAGAGAAAUAUCA